UCUGAUCUGUCGACCACAGCGACCGAGCAGCUGGAUGAUGAACACUAUAAAUAUAUCAAUCAAGAAUGUAAUUCCGAAUUCAUGUGGCCUACAUCGUUCAUAAUUUUAUGAUUUAGUUGUAAUUUGUAUCUAUUUCUACCUCCAUGAUGGUUGUAUUAAAUCAAAUUUGGUAACUUAACGCUAGGGAGUAAAUCAGUAGGGGGCUAGGUCGACGACGGAAGUUGUCUUGUCCCCGGACAAAUCGUGCCAACCUGGUCAACAAUCGAUCUGUUAAAAAUUAAACAAACAGUGAAAAAAGAUCCAUUUGUAAGACCAACAUGCAACAGCAGCAACAGCAAGCAGUGUCUCCAAAGAGGCCAGUUCUUCCACCUAUUUCAUCAAAUGUGGACAAGGACCAUACCUUCGUAAAGGAUCUGAUAGAAAGUGCUUUUCUUGAAUUGGAAAAGCUUGAUUGUCCACCAGAAGGCCCUCAUCAACAGAGAUAUUCUGUGUUUAAAGAUGUAUUUGGUCAGCUUGUGGAGUACUUGUCUGCCUACCGUCCACUCUUGACGGCAAUAAAAGCCGAGUUUGAAGAUUGUAUACAGACCAUUGAACGAGGGCAGCAAGAAGCUUUCUUCUUGUCAGGAAAAGUAAAAACCAUGGCUGCCGAACAAACAACUCUUAGCUUUUAUACCAAGAGAGCUGAUCAACUGAAACAGAAAAUAUCAAAGAUUGAGAGUGACAAUGAGCGGCUCAAUUAUGAAAUUCAGUCCAUCUUUAAACAACAUGUGAAUCAGAUAACAGCAAUGCACGAAGAAGACAUCACGCCGAAAGUCAAUAUUCCAAGCGUGCCUAAUAGACUGCUGCCAGGAUUAACACUAGAAGAAUCCAUUGAUAUUGAGCUUUUGUGCAAAAAGCUAUGUAGCUUAGAACAACUAGUAAAGGAUCUACAUCUUGCAAAGAAGACUCGUUAUACAUCCAGGGACCAAAAGAAACAGUUAAAAGUUCAGCUGGCCAGCAAGAGUAAAGCUAAAGACCAUGUAGUGGAGAAGAAUACGCAGUUGAAAGCAAGGUGCUUAAAACUUCGUGUGUCCAUAGAUGCUUUAAGAAUGUAUUGUAAGGAGUCUCCAAUGGGACAUACACCGGUAGAGGCUAUCAUUCAUGCACUGACUCGCUCUAACUCAAAGAUGAGCUCAAGAAGUGGAGAUACAGCAUCGUCCACUUUUGAUGAUGACGACCCAAGCAAAGAAAGAGAAGCAGAGAUGCUUCUGGAGUACAUUGAACACUUCAAUGAUUUGUUUGAAGAUGGUCAAUACAUUCAAGCUGCAAUGCAUGCUGCCAACAGCCCUAAAGGAAUUUUAAGAAACUCAGAGACUCUAACAAGAUUUAGAGCAAUUCAUGCAAAGCCUGGCAAGACAUCACCUCUUCUUGCUUACUGUGAGGCACUCAUGGCCUCAGUACCAGCUGUAGCUUCAUUACCUAAUGCUGAAACAUCAUUAGAAUGUGUUAAGAGUGCCUUAACAGAAAACAGGCUUGAUCUUGUCAUGCAUUGGCUUGCGCAAAAAAGAUUGACGUGUUCAGAACCUCUUGGUCAUCUUCUCUAUAAUUACACUCAGGGAAAGAAUACAGUGACUGUAGGUCAAUGCCUUCCAUUGGCUGAAGCUGUAUAUACCAUUGUUGGAGCACACAUACAAGCCGCUGUAUGUAUGUGCAAACAGGGUAAAGUGCAAGCCAUGAUGGAUUAUGCAACUAACGCUGACUUUGGCAAAGAUAUGUAUAUUGGUGUUCUAUUAGCAUGCCCAUCACUGGCUGUAGCUGAAGUCUUAAUUGAGCCAAGAGGUCUAUACCAGAAAUCAGCUUUAUCAGUUGGGACAGUUGUGAAUCAAAUACUACACACUGAGAACCAUGAAAUUGGGGUUCAGCUUCUACACAAAUUACAACAAAUGAUCAAAUCAGGUUCAUCGACUACAAGCAUUAAGGAUGUGGUGUUAUGUGAUGCUGAUACAGAAUAUGAAUCCUGGAUGCAGAUCAUAUACAAAUGUCAAGACAAUGGUUUGUAUGACGUAGGACUAGAACUUUUAGCUGCUGUAACUGUGCUCCAAGCAAUUAGAAAGGCUUCAGAAACAAUAACUAAGUAAUUUGCUGUGUUAUAUAAGCAUCACAUGCCUUAACAGUUGAUACCAUACUGAUGUUGGACAGUACUUCAUUGUACAAUGGUAAAACUAAGAAAUAGUCAUGCACACUUAACUUUGUACAUUUUGUUUGUAGUUUUUCUAAGGCACUUAAUGUUGCAUGUCUGCUUUUAUGUUAUUAACCGUAUUGCCACCAAUCCUUGUGUCGAACUCCGACAAUAAGAAAAGUAGUUCAGUAUUAUUUUAAUUAUCAAUAUCAACCCAAAAAAUUAUUAUUUUAAUUGGUACAUUAGGUACAUGUACAUGUUCAUGAAGUGUUCUGUAAAAGUAGAAUAUUUGGUUGAAUACAUGUAUACAUACAUUUCCACAUGGUCAAGGAUUAGAGUUUUAAUGAGCUUGAUUUAUUUGCAUUCCCAUUCUUUCUUUAUCAGGGAUGAGAUUCUGAAAAACUUAAAAAGACUGAAAAUUUGUCACAUUGCGGGAGGAGCACAUGUAAACUAAAUUCCCUUAACUAUUUUUUUUCACUUGCUGGCUGGAUGAUUCAAACAAUUUGUGGGUCGCUUGCAAGUUUGUUACAAAGCAAUCAAUUUUGGAAACUAACACGAACAAAUUUGGGCAUUUUUUUUAAAUAACUUUUUUUUCCAAAUUAAUUUCUGCCCUUGUAAAAGGUUUUUUCAUCAACAACCAUUUUCAUGGGGUCUUGAUGUUAGGUUCGGUUGUAUUAAAAACUUCUUUUGCAAUAAAAUGUUCAUGAUAUAUUGCCGAUAUAACAGGAACUGGAAGGUUGAGAUGAGACCCAGGAAAUUCAAGUUUUGUUUCCCUACUUGCCUGAAAGAAGGGCGUACUUGUGCAUGCAAUUGUUUAAUAAAAUAAACGAUCAUGCACGAUCGCAAACUCAUUAAAUAUAGCGCAAAUCAAGACUCAAACCAUUUUAAGAAACUUCAAAACAAUCUCUCUUUGGGAAUUUAUUACCGUAUAACUUGAUUAUUGUGACAUGGAACAUUUUUUGGACUCGCCAGACAGACUAGAAAAUAAAAGAUAUGACUCUCCCGCUGUCGCAUCAAAAGUAAAUUUUUGCUAAAGUCAGAGAUCUUAUAAAAAGUCUGAAUUUAAAACAAAAGACAAAAAGACGGAAUUUCGCCAAAAGGCAGAAGAAUCUCAUCCCUGCUUUAUAUAUUAACAAAUGUUUUUUCCAUUUUAAAUGUUCAUCAGCCCUCAUUUUGACCUGCUAGUAUGUAUAGUUGAUGCACUGUCUUCUCUACUUUCCAUACAAUUAUAAUCCACACAAAAAAUCUUUAUGUGAUCCUUCAAUUUUUUUAAAUUUUCCUUUCAGAGUCAAGGAUAAAUAGAAAGGAAUUUUUGGAUAACCAAUAUGCAUAGACCUUUUGGCAACUACCCAUUGGGCAAGUGCCAAUACCCCGUUCACACAGCCCUACGACCUUAUGAAGACCAUGCUGAUCAUCGCCAUCUCAAAAAUGUAUCAAGUCAGGACACAAUCGGCGUCAAAAUCAAGCAAUAAUGCAAAUUGAAGAUCUCACCACGAUGCAUUAACACUGCUUGUGCGAUAAUGACGUUCCCAUUACGACUUUUCCCCGCUUAUUUUCAACAUGUUCAAAAUUAGCGUGGGAAGAGAAUGCAUGCAGCUUCCCAACCUUGGAGAUCCCACCCUUUCAAACCAGCUCGUGGAGGUCCUCCUACGUUUGGCCCAGAUUGGUCCGUGAUUGGCCACACUCUCGGGCACUUGUCCACUGUAGUAGAAGCGGCGUCUAUGUGUGAACGGGGUAUAACUGUUGAAUGAGUUGCAAUGCUGUAUGUACAUGAUAAAAUAAUGUAUGGGUAAAACAGAAGACUACACACUUUUAACAGCCACUUUCAUUUUCAUGUAUGAGUAUGUUUUAAAAAUUGUUUUUUUAACGUAAAUGACAAUAAGCGAUUGCCAAUUUUUUAUUUUGUGUGUUUAAAAAUGUUCCUAUUGCAACCCAUGUUUGCCUACAAAUGGCUUUGUCCACAGAUGGCUUUAUUCUGUCUGCUUGACUAAAGCUCCAGAGCAUGAUUAAAGGCAAAAACCACAACACUUGAAAAAGUGAUGUGUCUUCUUUUUCCUAAAAUCUAUUAUCUGACAAUUUGUUUACUUGACCAGGGGUGGCAUUCUUACAUUUAUCAACUUUAGAUUUUGUCACUUGAUGUUUAAAGAUCAAUAUUUUGAUACCUCUAAAUUUAACUGUUGAAACAAGCUCAACAAGUGUUUAAAAAUUGCUGGCAAAAUCUGGUUUCCUACUUUUGAAAUCAAUGUCUCGCUCAAAUAAUACUAUGUGUACAUACAGUAACAAGGUUUACAUCAUUUGUAUAAUUACAAAGGGGAAAAAAAAAACACUAACAUAGUGCUCAGGGCAUGCAAGGGUUAAACACACAUGUAACAUGCUAUUAACCCAUUCAAGAUUUUAUGCAAUUGAUAUUUAAUCUUAAUUGCAACAAAAUUAAUAAAAACACUUGAGAAGGCAAACUAAAAUCCUUGUUCGGCAUGACUCCAUUUUUAAUGCAAUUAUGUUUAUGGUUGAACUCAAAACAAAAACACCAACACAUUAAUUCAAACUUAACAAUGUUGAUUGUUGCUCCUUAAAACACUCCAAUGUAUUACUCACUAACUGCUUAAGUGUAUUAUUAUCCAGGUAUUAGUCCCCUAUGUAUGAGACUGUCCACAAAACACCCACAAUAUUUGUAUGUUAAAAUGUUUUUUUUAAAUAAAAUAAAUUUGUGUACUACACAUUGUAUUGUCUACAGACAACGUAAAUUGUAUGUUAUGCUUUUUGUUACUAGUAUUUGUUGAAAUUUAAGUCUCAUCGUUUGUAAUGUUAAUGUAAUUUUUAACCUGUAAAUAUUAUUUCAGUUUCAAGAGCACAAAAAGUGAUAACUACAUGUAGAUGGCCUGUGAACAUCUCUGUAAAUCUAAAGACAAUUACAUGUACUUAACAAGUUUGCAAACUCUUUAAGGUUCAUGUUUAAGAUAUUUACACAAAUAGAAGCAAGAGCACCAGUGCAUGGUGGGAUAUUCAAGGUCACUUUGCCAAAAUAAGCAAUUUAUAUUACUUCAACACUAUACUACAUGUACAUGUACAAAAGGUCUGGAGGUAUAUUACAUCAAAUACAAAAAUUACAACAAAAUCUUUCAAAUUUGGGUUAUAGUAAUACCCUUGUACUGUAUAGUCACAAAAAUGGUUUUAAAAAUGACAUAAAGCGUUGAACUUAACGGUUAGUUUAACCAUGGAAGAAGGAAGAGGAGUUCGAACGAAGGGACUUCAAAAGUUGAACCCGUGGUACCGCAGUCGUUUAACGACACCUCGUAAUCACCCACAUACCUUAUACAAACAAUGGGCGACCUGGCGUAUGUGAGUUUGCACUCGGUUCUUCACGCAACUAUGGCGUUGUACAUAAUGUUGCAUGGGUAUAAUAAAGAAAAUAUUUUUUGAGACCUGGUAAAUUUUGUGUACGCAUUCGCCCACUAAAACGAAAAACAUAAUUGAAUACCAACCACCCUCUGGUGCUAAUACCCAAACUUUGAACCACCGCUAGUGACCGGAUAGUCGCAAAAAAUGUAAAAAAUAUACUAUGAUAUGACGGUAAAUGAAGAAGUCAAUCACAACUCAUCACCUUCUGCAUCUCCGAUUUUCAUGUGAAAACAAAACAAAUGAACCGGAAAAUAAUAACGCAAUCGUUUGUACCAUGUGCGCAUCCAUGAAAGACAAAGAAAACACACUGCGCAUGCAAAAACUGUGUACUUUUGCAAUUCUUGUCUCCAAUGAUUCAUCUUUACACGCAGGCAACAGUGCAGAGUGGCGGUACCACAGGUUCUGUACAAAGAGAUCUAAUCCCGCUUGUUAAAGAUGCUAUGUAAGAUUUUUGGUCGAUUUGGCCCAAAAAUUAUGAUUUAAAAUUCAAUAGGUAUUUUGAUGGGAGUCGAGAAAGUUACAAGCUUUCAUUUGAGCCAUUGCUCGAAAA